GAGAGGAACAUCUCCUCACCAUGGUCCGGGGUCCAGGAGAUUCGAACUCGGAUAGUAGCUGCAGAUCCGAAUCCGGCUGUGUUUCUAAAGCUCGUCAUUAGGUAGCUGGGCUCUCAGAGAUUGUCGAGAGAGGGAGAGAGGAUGGGAGGACAUGGUGGAGAUGGACACAGCACGACGUACAAGGGGUUCACCAUGCAUUACCCUAAGCGGUGGCAUGUUAUCACCGGAAAGGGCAUGUGUGCAAUCAUGUGGUUUUGGGUGCUCUACAGGGCUAAACAAGACGGUCCUGUAGUUUUGGGCUGGCGACAUCCUUGGGAAGGCCAUGGAGAUCAUUCUCAUGGGCAUGGACAUGAGGAUUCACAUUGAAAAGCUACAACAAAAACCACCAGUGGAUGGUGCUGAUUGUACCAAUGUAUGGCACAGAUGUUUUAGGCCUUCAAUAAUAUCAAUUGUGAACUCGAAAUGGUUGUGAAGUUAUGUUUAGUCUAGUCACUGAGAAUACAAAAGAUGAUUUCGCUGUGGUUAUGCCAUUAAACAAGCAUAAGGUUGACUUUUGCCAAAAACCUUGAGCUUUAGAACUCCCUCACUGCCCAUGUUACACAUAAAUUUGAAUGUAAGUAGACACGUAUGUACAAGUUCCCAGAUAUGAUGAGACGUUUACAGAAAUAGGAGAAGGUCCACAACAUCCGCAUGCACAUGGCAGUUGAAUGAAGUUUUGAGGAUGAGGUUUCUUUUGUAUUUCCUCUUCCUCUGUAAAUAUGGUAAUGGGACUUGGAAAUCUUUCACCAAAACUAAGAUCCAAGAUCGAAAGAGAAGAUUUAUGCUCCCCUUGCAAUCCCUUGAGGCUUGAGCCCACCCACCCCUGCUCAUGACCUUUCAAAUAUUUUGCCUUCCAUAUCUCCUACUCUCACCCUUGCUGUGGAGGAAUAGCUUUACAGUUUUAGGGCCUCGGAAGCCCUUUCCUGUUCAUGCUCAUCGCCAUCACUCUGCCACAACUUGAAGGGUUUAUGUAACUUGUUCGACUGUGUCGAGUACAUGCUAGAAUUGUUGGAUGUCUCUCUCUCUCUCUCUCUCAGGGACCAAUACCAUCAGGUUUCGCAUGGAUCUCUUAUAAGUCGUUGGAUGUCUCAUGUCUGUGGCAUUACAAAAUAUGUCUCGUAAAAGAAUGAAGAAUCUCUGGAAGACCUUGAGUUGGUGCUUACAUGAAAUCAAGGACGGACGAAUGUACUCUCUCUCUCUCUCUCUCUCUCUCUCUCAGGGAAGAACCUUGGUCUUUAUGACCAUUGUCAGCACUAAGCAAGCUGAAAGAAGUUGAAGCAUCACCGUACCGCUGAUCAGAUCCAUGUGUUGGUAGACCAAUGUGUUGGCUCCACUUCCCUAGUGAUUCUUGGCUCCACUUCGGUAGACCAAUGUGUUGGUGACAGAGUUAGUGUUUGCAGACAAAAAUAUAUACUUCUUUUUCCCUUCCCUCUCUAGUCUCCACUCAAACUCCAUUCGCCUGAUAUGGUCAAAACAAUAGGAGUGAGUUUCUGGUAUGGUCUCCUCAUCUCUGUGUGUGUGUGUCUCUGUAAUUGUUUUCUGAUUUUGUUGUAUUUGUUCUGUAAUUUCAAGUAUUUGAUUUUGUUGUGUU